AGCAGCCAUAUGGUAUUCGCAGUCGCGCGCGUAAUCCCGUGGCUGCGUGUUCUCUUUUGUAUUUUUCAAUGCCACGGGGUGCCUUGAACCUCCUUCGGUCGUAAAAGCCAUAUCGCUAUGCCUUUUUUAAAAGUAUCUCUCAAUUCUACAAAAUAAUGGCAAUAUCAAGCGAGUUUCGACUAAUAAUUUAUAAAAAUCGUAUCUUUAAUUAACUUAGUGUAUAAAGUAAAUUAAGUAGCUUCUAAACGGAACUACAAUUUUAACGUACCGAGGCGUCUAAUUUAUCUAUACAUAGUUUAUAUAUCAUUUAUCCUUUCGAAUUCAUCGUUUCAUAUAAUCUAACAAGUGAUCAGAUUACUCUAUAAGUUAUCGAACUUCCAAAGAAGAUUAUAAAUAUUCGUUGUUUGAGAGGAUUCGCCGAGGAAAAUCUUUUUUCAAAUUGUACAUAAUUCAAAUUCACAGGGGGAAACCUCCCCCGCCAAUUCCUUGUGUUGCCUGGAAUUCAGCCUUAUUUCCUUUUUUAUUUUUUUCCUUCCUCAUUGUUAUACUCCUAUACCAUUUAUUUCCUACUAUUUCAAAUUUCUUCAAUUCAUGUUUCGGGCACGCAAGAGUAAUAUGUUUUUUGUUUGCGUCACUGUGGGCUUCGUUCUGCUCGCCUCGAAGUAUCGCGACAACGUGCUUCGCGGUGUCAGACAAUUAUGCCAUCGUUUUAUAAGCAAGCGUGUCUCCCAGGAUGGUCACACAGCCUGCAAGAAGGUCGUGGAAGUCAAUCCGCACCAAAUCAUCGUAGCCGAGUCUCCAGAAAAGUGUGAUUAUGCCGUACAGUGUAUUAGCCGCGACUUAGCUUAUGGCAUUUUGGGAUUUGAUUGUGAAUGGGUUAACGAAGGACCAGUAUCUCUACUACAACUUGCCACUUAUAAUGGAGUAUGCGCACUGUUUCGUCUUUCAAAGAUCGGUUACGUUCCCGCUACGUUAAAAGAGUUGCUGGCCAACAAGCAAGUGCUCAAAGUGGGUGUUGCUUCUUUCGAGGAUGGACAAAAAUUAACUAGGGAUUAUGGCUGCCGUGUCUAUGGCACUUUAGAUCUCAGGACUCUUGCACAUCGACUUGGAUUACCUAGUCCAAAGAGUUUAUCUGCCCUAUGCAUGCAUUAUCUAAAUCUAGAAAUGGAAAAAUUGCUCGAGGUUAGAUGUGGCGAUUGGAACGCCGACAUUCUUGCCAAAGAGCAAAUGUUGUAUGCUGCAUUUGAUGCCUAUGCUGCUGUCCUGAUAUAUCAUGAGAUACUCGAAAGAGCGGAGAAGGAACGUUCCUUCUUGCAGACCCUAAUAAUCUGUUUUAAAAGCGUCUGGGAAAAAGAUGGUACGGAGGAAUUCCAUGGCCUGCCCAGUGGAGUCGUCGAUGCGAGGUUCAAGGAUCACCGAAUUUAUUCAUUUAAUAAUAAAGUUAAUAGUAUAAUUAAUAGAACCAAUAGUAUACGUAAAAGUAGCGUACCUGCACGUAACAAACCGCUUUAUCACAACUGCUGCCUUCAAGCCCCGGAUGGUGAGAUGCUCUGUACCUGCGAUCGCAAGAAAGCUGAAUGGUACGUGAGCAAAGGUCUAGGUUCAGUAGUGAGCAAGGAUCCGUUUACAGUAAAAUUGAAUUUCGAGCCUGCUGGACGUGCUCUUGGCGACGUCGGACGUUAUUAUACCCAGGUAAAGGAGAAUCAAUGCGUAGUCUGCGGGACAUCGAAAACAUUCAUAAGGAAGAACGUGGUCCCUAGGGAGUACCGCAAGUAUUUUCCCCUGGUGAUGAAAGCUCAUCAAUCCCACGACGUCCUGCUUCUUUGUCCGAGUUGUCACGAGAUCAGCAAUUAUCAUGACCUCCAGCUUCGUAGGAAGCUAGCAGAAAUGUGUGAUGCACCGUUAUCGGGUCCUUUGUCUCACUCCAGAGAUGAGUAUCCUAAUGGUUGGCGAAAGCUGCGUUCCGCUGUGAGAGCUUUACAAGAGGAAGUUCGGCUCCCGGCGCAAAGACGUCUGGAGUUGGAAAGAUAUGUAAUGGAAUGUGGCGGUCAGAAAGAUAUCACUCCGGAAAUACUGAAUAAUUUAGAAAAGAAGCUCAGGGCUGGACCCCCAGCUUCUUUAACACCAUCUCCACAACCGCCACUCCCACAUGGUGUCAAAGUUGUACAAUACUUUGAACAGCAGGAGGGUGGCCUCGUGGAACUUGAGAGGAUAUGGAGAGAACACUUUCUAGAAGCAAUGAAACCGCGAUUUUUACCCAAUCUAUGGUCUGUUUCUCAUAAUCAGGAACGUCUUGUGAUACGACAAACGCAAAACAGAAUAGAUCCCCAAGAUGCAAAGACAGCAGGGUUGCAGGUCGCUAAUAAUAAAACUGAUUGUUGAUUGUUAAUCACUUUUAAGAGUACGACUUAAGUAUGUUCGAAUGAGACUGCUGAAAGAUCAAAUGUACCCAAUUAUCAAUAUAAUAUUACCAAUCA